GCCGGCUUCCCCGAUCGCUUUCUAUUACAGAAUCACACUGUGGCAGUGACAUGGCGUUGACGCCGUCAACGGCUCUCGUUUCCUUCCUUGAACGUCUCCAAGAAACCGCAUUCGAAACCUUCGGUGACUCUAACUUCGAUCCAAAGACCUACAUGGACCUGCCUCUCAGGUUCACACUCGCCGUAACGGAACACGCGUUCCAGAACCUUCCAAGGACCGCUAACGGUUCCGUGUCGGUUGAGGAGUUGAACCGUUUUCUAGAAGCGCACUUCGAGGGUGCAGGGGAUGAUCUGGUGUACCACGAACCAGAGGAUUUCGUUCCUCAGCCGAAGGGGUUUCUGGCGAAGGUGAAGCACCCUCAGGUGAGAGCGUGGGCGUUGGAGGUUCAUUCGCUUUGGAAGAACUUGAGCAGGAAAGUAUCCAGUGCGGUGAAGGUGCACCCGCAGUUGCAUACUCUGCUUCCUCUCCCUGCUUCUUUAGUCAUUCCUGGGUCGCGCUUUCGUGAGGUUUAUUACUGGGAUUCGUAUUGGGUAAUUAGAGGCUUGUUGGUGAGUAAAAUGUAUAAGACUGCUAAGGCUAUUGUUACGAAUCUCAUUUCCUUCAUUGAAGAAUAUGGUUUUGUGCUUAAUGGUGCUAGAGCAUACUAUACCAACAGGAGCCAGCCUCCCCUCUUAAGUGCUAUGAUCUAUGAGAUAUACUGUCACACGGGUGAUAUAGAAUUAGUUAAAAGAUCCCUCCCUGCACUAUUGAAAGAGUAUGAGUUUUGGAAUUCAGACAUACACAAAGUGACCAUUUUGGAUGCUCAAGGUUGCACUCACACUUUGAAUCGUUAUCAUGCAAUGUGGAACAAGCCCAGGCCAGAAUCGUCCAUAAUGGACAAGGUAUCUGCAUCCAAAUUCUCGAAUGUUUCAGAAAAACAACAUUUUUAUCGUGAUUUGGCAUCAGCAGCUGAAUCCGGAUGGGAUUUCAGCACUAGAUGGAUGAGAAACCCACCUGAUUUCACAACAAUAGCUACAACAUCUGUAAUUCCUGUUGAUUUGAAUACGUUUCUACUUGGGAUGGAACUUAAUAUUGCCUUCUUUGCAAAAGUUACUGGUGAUAAUAGCACUGCCAAACACUUUGUGGAAACUUCUGAUCUUAGAAAGAAGGCAAUGAACUCUGUUUUCUGGAAUCCAAACAUGAAACAAUGGCUUGAUUACUGGCUCAGCAAUAGCACUUGUCAGGAGGUUCAGGUUUGGAAAAACCUGCAUCAGAAUCAAAAUGUAUUUGCUUCCAAUUUUGUUCCUUUGUGGUUGAAGCCAUUUCAUUCAGAUACUUCGCUUGUGGGUAGUGUUGUUGAAAGUCUCAAAGCUUCUGGCCUGCUUCGUGCUGCUGGAGUUGCAACUUCUUUGACUGAUUCAGGACAACAGUGGGACUUUCCAAACGGGUGGGCCCCACUUCAACAUAUGCUAGUGGAGGGCCUUCUAAAAUCAGGGUUGAAAGAAGCAAGGUCAUUGGCUGAGGACAUUGCCAUCAGAUGGAUCACAACAAAUUAUAUUGUUUACAAAAAAACGGGUGUGAUGCAUGAAAAGUUUGACGUGGAGCAUUGUGGAGAAUUUGGAGGUGGGGGUGAAUAUGUAUCCCAGACUGGUUUUGGCUGGUCGAAUGGAGUUGUGUUGGCAUUCUUGGAGGAGUUUGGAUGGCCAGCAGAUCGGAAUAUAGAAUGCUGAUGCUCUCAGAUCAGAAAUUGAAAGGUAGUUUGUUAUUUACUCAUGAAAGGCACUUGUUAAAGCAAUAAAGCAGAGAUGAAGUACAGCUUCGUUGCCAUUUCCGAUAUUUGAUAUUUCCUCAGAAAUAUAUCUAGAAAAUUCAUAAAAUGUGGCGGAGGACGUCACGUAUCAAUGAUGGGGCACAAAUUGCUGCCCAUUAUUGGAUUCCUUACAUUGUAACUUCUGUUUGAUGGCAUGGAUUCGACCAUUUGAUGGAAGUUUAUUAUAUUAUUGGACACAAAUACUAAUAAGCACUCUUAAAUUACUAGUUAACAAAACAAAAACACAAAAUCUAUUAUAAUCUAUCUAAUAUCUAUAUCUAUUCUGUAUAUAACACGAAGU